CACGCGCGCGCACGGCCGCUCUUCCUGUCUCGGAACUUAAUUGCCGGUACCAAUGGCGAUUGGUAGGACAACACGACCAACCGGCUGUGACCGUCAGAAUUAGUCAGUCGAGCGUCGAGCCUCGUACACUUCGUGACGGUGCGUUGUGGCGAUACGAGAGCGCAUGUGGAGCUAUCGGAAGUCGCAAGUCGUUGCGGCGUGCGUGUUUUACCGAUCUCAUCGUUCGUCUAUUCGUUCGUUCGUGAGACUCAUCACAAAGCUACGUCGUGGACGGACGUGCCGACAGCAGGCGAGGACGGAAAGAAAACCUGGAGACGCGAUACAAACGGCGAUACAAUGGCCAGCCUGAGGCAAACCCCGUUGACAUGUAGCGGUCAUACGAGACCCGUGGUCCACCUCGCCUUCUCCGACGUCACCGAAUCCGGGUAUUAUCUCAUCUCAGCGUGCAAAGAUGGCAAACCUAUGUUGCGACAAGGUGACACUGGAGAUUGGAUCGGUACGUUUGAAGGACACAAAGGAGCUGUGUGGGGCGUAGCAUUAAAUCCAGAAGCUACACGAGCUGCGACUGGUGCAGCAGAUUUUAAUGCCAAAGUCUGGGACGCGAUUAAAGGAGAAGAGGUUCAUUCCUUUCAACACAAUCACAUAGUUAAAUCUGUCAACUUUAGUACAGACUCUAAUCAUUUGUGUACUGGUUCUAAUGAAAAGCUUGUACGUAUUUAUGAUCUUAACAAACCGGAUGCUGCUCCACAGAUCUUUUCAGGCCAUACGAGUGGCAUCAGACAUGUUACCUUUUUUGAUAAUAACUCUGCCUUAAUUACUUGUGCAGACGAUAAGACAUUGAGGGUAUGGGACAGAAACAGCGGGCAAGAAGUUAAGAGAUUAGACUUUCCUGCGAUUCCAAGUUCUAUGGAGGUGUCGAAAGAUGGGAAUGUCAUUACUACUACUCAUUCUAAUAUUGUUACUUUUUGGAAUAGCAAGGAAUUAACCAAGAUAAAGGAAUUUAUGGUGCCAACUCAAGUAAAUAGUGCUAGCUUGCAUCCGGAUUGUACUAUUUUUGUUUGUGGUGGGGAAGAUUUUAAAAUGUACAAGUUUGACUACAAUACAGGAGCGGAACUAGAAUCAUUCAAGGGACACUUUGGGCCUGUACACUGCAUACGAUUUUCACCGGAUGGUGAAUUGUAUGCUAGCGGAUCUGAAGAUGGUACUUUAAGAUUAUGGCAAACAGUAGUCGGAAAAACCUAUGGACUGUGGCGCUGUAUUGAACAAACACCUACAAUACAGGAAAAUACCACUGUGGUUAAUAAUAAACAAGAAGUUCCUGCUCCCAGUUAAACUUGAACUUUAAAGAGAGAUAAGAAAAACUCUAGACGUUUUCCGAAAGCGUAAAAGCAUCUCGGAUCAAACUCGAGCGAGUGGAUGAAUAUCCUGCAAAUAAAACAUGUCGAAUAUUUAUUAUUCGGGCUGCCAGAAAUCCUUGUAAAUAAUUUUUUAGAUCUUUUUAGAAAGAGAUUGUUUGCCUCCACCGUGGCCUCGCGCUUUAUUAUAAUUAAAUUAAAAGUGAGGACCAAUUUCCAGAGCCCGUGGAGGCGCGGGUGACAUAAUAUUGCUGUUUAUAUUAUGAGGAAAAACAACAAUAAAAAAAGAAAUAUUAACAUUUAUUAACAUUAUACAUGUCACGUUAUUAUAAUACAAAAUUAGGUAGAGGUGUAACGAGAGAAAGAAAGACAAGUUCGUAACAAACGUUGCGUUUGCAUUUCUUCCGAGCCGAUACCGUCCGUCAUUCAAACAUAUAAAACGUAUCGAUACGUGACGCUGACACGUACCACACAGCACAUAUGAUAUCACGUAUCUAUUUGAUAUGCUUAUAAUCAUUCUCGAUCUUAAUUUCCAUGGUAACGUAAUAUCACCAUAAUGUACAAUGUGACAAUAGCGAGUCUUGCUCGCGCAUUCGUCUGUGUUAUUCCUGGUAAUGAUGGAUGUUUGAAUCCUUUCGAAAGAAAAAUUUAUCAAAUAAUUCAAUUAUAUGAAAAUUCAAAUUGCUCUUCGAACAUUACUCGAAAUUAAAGACUUUUCAAAGUCUUAA